AUGGCGCCACUAGCCACUCGACAGAGCCACUCCCUGGUUCCUGGUAUCCCACGUCCCCCCAAACGACCCCCAAACAUACCAGUCGAAGUCCAUAAGGAAAUUGACCCCAUGGUGUUCUUUGAACUAUUCGCCGGAACUGUUGGAAUAUUCAUAAUCGCAGUCUUCAUUUGGAAGCUCGGGGGUUUCAUCAGACGGUUCAAUCGAAACAAGGUGCUGAAAGCAGGCAAAAAUACUAACACCCGAUACGCACGCACAUGGUAUGGCUGGGUCACGCGGCCGACACACGAGAGAAACAAGAGAGUGAUUCAUGACUUUUUCGCUCAAAUUUGGAGGCCAAUGACGUGGGGAUCGACUCGAGACGACUAUAGCUGGAUUUGGUGGGAUCCUGGAAACGUGGAAAAGCAAAAGCACCGCCGAGAACAGAAAGGAUUUCGUUGGGUACCAGAGUACCUCAAGAGCUAUGAUGAUUCUCCGACUGCCGAUGAAAUCUGGAAUCCUUGUUCACGACCCAAGUGUCAUGGAGCUUUGAAGGACAGUGUCUCAAUCCCCCAAAAUGUUCCAGCGCCGGGCUCUACGCGGCGGCCGCAAGCGCAAGAAGGGAUAUCGGGACCAACCCUACCACGGCCAUCCGCGUUGAUCAACCAUCCACCCGUUAUAACUCGUUCAAUCCUAGAGGAACUUCUCAGGGACCCUCUGCGGCCGAAUGAUGGCAGUUAUGAUCACCAGCCUUGGUUCAAUCCUUGCAAGAAUGCACCAAGCCUGGCUACCCGCGCACCGGUGCCAUUUCAUCAGGUCCAAUCAUUACCGUGUCGACAAAAUCAAUCCUACCAGAUCCGAGGAUCGAUCCCAUGGUUGCGUGGUGAGAGAUCCCAAGAUAUCUCAUAUCAUAUCCAAUCUGUCGUGCAACAUGAUAGUUUUCAAUAUGAGCUAGCGGAACUGAGUGGCUCAAUGCACACAGAAGAACCUAAACCACUUCAUCGAAAUGCCAAUCACCGCAGAUACCGUGGAUGGUCAGCAAGAAUGCAGAUGGGACCGAAAGAGGCAGUCUUUGAUAACAUAGGAGAUUCAUCUGGUCCUCCUGGGACACCAAAAACCGAAUUGCUGGUCAGCUAUGUCUCUGACCCGAGCUCUUCUCUUCGUGGUCACCUUAAGCGGCCGCGAAACAGCACCGAAGGGUGCUUGCAUAUCUCGGAAGAUAGAAAAUCUUUCAGACUCCUCGUUGAAAAUGAAGUUUUGUUGUCGAAUGAACGGCGGACAUAUAGCAAAACCAUUCAAUGGAAUUCGGCCCCAGCAAGAAGUCAUUUUCGAGGAAAGGGGACCAAUUCGAAAGCGAGACCACCAUUAUCCGAUGAAUGGCAAUUUAUGUGUGACCCAAAACAUCCUGUCCACUCCCGCCGUCAAGAGAAAAGACCGGGAAUAGAAGUCAUUCGAUGCCCUGCAGAUCAAGUCCAGCUCAAAACAGGAUGCGCUGUCGAUGAGUUGAGUGAUUGGGAGAUCAGAAUGAUGGAAAGGCUGGAUCGGAAACUGUUAUGGCUCUUCAAUGAAUUCACCCCUGGGAAAAAGCCAUACCAUUUUGCCUUGCUAGCCAACCACUGGUUAAAUAAAGAAACGUGGUAUGUUUACGAUCCCGUAUCCAGAGUUUCAACCGACGGACGUCGGAUGUGGGGAGACCCACGAUUCAACGUUCCUUAUCCACAGCCAGUCUUCAGCCCUAGACCAAAGUUCCCUGUGUCCGAACGGAAACGUGCGCAGACUCCUCGUAUCGACUCCUGGCGGGCCGCAGUGAAUAAGCAGCGCAAGGUAUCCGGCAUACGAGACGCUAUUCGCACUAUUACAUUGUAUGAUGAAUCGGCCGAGGAACCGCCAGAUGGUCAUAUCGAUCCAGGCUGCUGGGUUUUGCCAAAACCUCCUCAGGGCUUUGAGAUGUCCACUGCGCAGAAGAACGCCUGGUAUGAAGGAGGGGCAGGCUGGCAAGAGAAGCUUGACGAUUGGCAGCAAGUUCAUCGGGGAUACCUUCUUCACAAAGCCCUCCACGAAGGCCGAGUCAACCGGGGUAGGGUUAAGGAAGUGGCAGCUCAAGUCAACAAGUGCUGUCGCACUGCAUCCGAAAAAUUGAUACCAAGCUCGGAUCUCGGGAAAAGAAGAGCUUCAAACCUCGUCUCAUGA